AUUUUUCUUAUCCAAAAAAUCCUACUACAUCAUGUGUGUGUAUCUAUAAAUAGAAGCAUGGACAAGCCUCCUCUCAAGUCUCAACAACAAGUGAGUAAAAUUAAACACAAGUAUUAAAGGGAAUUAAUGGAGAUAGUGAGAGAGGUAGCAAGGAAGAAUGCAGCAGUGAUAUUCACCAAGAGCUGGUGCUGCAUGUGUCACAGUAUGAAGGCCCUCUUGUACGAGCUAGGCGCCAGCCCGGCUGUGUACGAGCUCGACCAGCAUGUGAAUGGGCCCCAAAUGGAGUGGGGCUUGAGGGCUCUUGGCUGCUGCCCCGUCGUCCCUGUUGUGUUCAUUGGCGGCGCCUUGGUGGGCUCGGCCGAAGACAUCAUCUCUCUCCAUGUUGAUGGAUCACUCAAGCAUAUGCUCAUCAAUGCCAAGGCUAUUUGGUUAUAAUCUAUCUAUUUGGGACCCUCCCUCCCUUGUAAUUGUAAAUUCAUAGGAGUACUAUAUACUUUCAUCUUUCAUCAACCCAAUUUAACCUUUUUAUUAAUAUAGAUUGCCAGUUUUAUCUCCA